CUACACAUUCUCCGAUUGAACGAGCAAUUAAUAAAAGUUUUUAAACUAUUCAACGUUCUUUUGAAGUAGCAGCAACAGCACCAAAAUAUUUUCUUGUAAAUCUUGAUGAACAACAAUUGCAUACACCAGCACGUUCAACCUUACCAUAA